AUGAACGACAGAAGCGUUCCGAAAACGGGAAUACCACGUGGCUCUGGUGCUUCUUGCACAAUAGUUUCAGUAGCGGUGACCGCAACUGUAGCAAAAUUUCUGUCGCGCGAUUUCUCGACGAUUGACUCCUUCGAUCGAUUCGCGCCAUCUAUGGAUUUCGAGAUAUCGGAGAGAUCAUCGAUCCUUGGUGUUUGCGUCGCGCCAACAAAACGUUUCCUCAUCGAAAUCUCAGAAAUGACUUCAUCGGAAUGCGAAUCGUUUAACGGCACAGUUAAAGGGGCUCUUCUUUUCUUUCUCUGGGUGUCAUAUUUGAUAACUCGAGUUCAAUUCGAUGAUAACACUUGGCGGACAAUUCAGAGCGACGAUCUGAGUAUCUUUUCUAUGAUCAUUGCGUUUAAUGCUGAUCCUCGCAUUAAAUCCGACACUGCGAUCGAUUAUUUAAUUCUCUCACGGUGAGAAUGCCUUUCAGGUUGCACUUUAUUCCAAACACCUCAGCAAUUAUUGCGGUUUCCGGUUCCGGUAACCGGAACUAGGUACGGUAACAGGAAGUGAGGAAUCGUAAAAAAGAGCGGAAUUCAUGGAAGAUAUUGGAGUUACACGGUAGUUAUAAAACACUGGUAGACACGCAAAGAAGAAGAUCGAAUACCGUUUACUAUGACCGUUAACUAGAAGCCGUUUACCCCUCCGCUGCAGGUUUCCACUUUCUUCCACGAGAAUUCCUUCGUUUUGUGAUUCACUAUGUUCUUAUUUCCAAACCGAUUACAGUGGCGUCGAGAUUAGCAAUAUUAGAACGAGCGAUUAGCAUAAAUCACCGUUUGUACAAUUUUAUCAGUUGCCUUAUUAUCUUAAUAGUCAUUCACAAUUAUUUUAUACAUUAUUUUAUAGGAUGCCUAUGUGUGUAUCCCAUAACAAUUUCAUGAUAUCUAGAAGUUGCUGGUAUUAGAGAAACAACGAACGUACAUUAUAUAUUGACAAUGCAUAAUAAUAUUUCCCUUGGUACGUACUUCUAAUUCUUAUACAUAUGAAUCAAUUAAUAGACAAUCACUAUAAUAAAAGUAAUUUAAAAAAAAAUGAAAAUUUUAUAGAAUAGAUAAAUCAUAUAGUUUUGUAUGUAUUGUAGAACGAUAUUUGUAUCUAUAAUAUUAACAUUUGUUUAACUCUCUUCACUAAUAUUAUAUUUAUUGACAAUUAUCUUUAAUUAUUGUCAUUCAGUCUCUGUAGAUAUUAUUAUUGAAUCAAAUCGGCAAAUCUUUUUUUAUCUUUAGAGAAACCAAGCCAUUAAAAUUAUUUAAAAUAGAACUCUGAGAUUAUAAUUUUUUGUAUGACACUACUAGAUUGUUUUUCAACUGUAUACAAACACUGAUACUUUCUCACGAUUAUCCCGAGCCCAUGCCGCCCGACUACUGCACGCUGUUUAACAGUUUCGAAGAUAUUUAAAUCUCCUACUAAAAUUUCUUACAUGGAGUGGGGGACCACGUGUGAGGUUCCAAGAAUAAAGGAUUAUGAGCUAUAUAAAAUUUCAUUCAAACAUAUGAACAAAUUUAAUGCUACUUUAUAUUACAAUAUAAUUGUAAUAUAAUAUAAUAUAAUUAUUAUAUUAUAUUUACAUCAUACUUACUACUACUACUACUUAUUUAUUACUACUUACUAUUACUAAAAUGUUUAACAUCUUUAUAUUAUAAUAUAAUUAUAAUAUAAUAUAAUAUAAUUAUUAUAUAAUAUAUAAUUAUUAUAUUAUAUUUACAUCAUACUACUACUACUACUACUUAUUUAUUACUACUUACUACUACUAAAAUGUUUAACGUCUGAAUCAGUUGAAAUUUAAUAUUUAUUAAUUUUAAUACAAUCUAUAUUAUGAUUUCAGGUUUUAAAAUUUAACCAAAAAGUAUAAAAAGCAGUUAUCAAUAUUUAAUAGUACCAAAGACUUAUACAAGACUUUCUCAAGGAAAAUACAGUAAGCCUAAGAGUAUGACAAAACAUAAUUUACAUAGAUAAAGAGGAAAGAUAUUCUAUUUAUAAAACUGAAUAAAUUUUGAACAGAGUGAUAGCAUUUACAAAUUGUGCUAUCGCUCUAUUCAAUGCAUCUGAUUUCCAUCUAUUUUUGUAUUUUUCCGUUGUAUACUACGAAACGAAACGGAAUAUCUAAGUUUUGUAUAUACCGAGGCAAAAUAGUUCCAUUGUAAAAAAUAAUCACUGAUAAAAUUCAUUCUUAUUUUUAUUUUUAUUUGUUAUUUUUUUUUUAUGAAAGAUAUUAUCUAUAAACGUUCACUAAUUACAAUAAGUAACGAAACAUGAAAAAAAUACUACUAACAUACGAAUAUUAUAAAGAUAUAUUAAUUGCAAUCAUCUAUCCAAACAAGAAAAUUUUUAUUAUUAUUAAAAAUUGUUUUAGAAUACUUAUGUUAUCAGCGCUGAUUUCUAA